GUGAACUACCGGACCGUAUGCAGAUAUUCGUGUCCAUUGUUUGUAUUUUUAUUGAAACGCUGGCUGAUUGCUGCCUUUUUUUGCUGGAUGGAACAGUGAAAUCCCAAUUGUGCGGCAUCCCCUUCAACGUGUAAAUCUGCCAUAUAAACCAAAACCAGAGAUAAUUUGGCCCGACCGAAACACCACAAUAAAAUGGACCAAUUAAUAGAUAAUAAUUCAAAGCUUGACCAUCUGACCAAAGGAACUAUGGCUGGACAUCCAAUAUUUGAAAUAUUAACCAACGUUCACAUGUUCGUUAUAAAUUUCUCGCGUACAUCCAGCGUUCAUGGAUUUAUUUAUUUGAUGAAUCGUGGAUUACACUUCACUGAAAGAUUGCUAUGGGCUGUCUGCAUCUGCACUGCAAUAUAUGGCACUGCAUCGUUGGCUCAACGAACAUGGAACCGUUUUCAAACCAAUCCGAUUGUUAUUUCAAUGGAUCGGGACAAAUUUGCUUGGAACACUACGUUUCCCAGCUUAACGGUGUGUCCGCACAAAAGGAUUGACCCAGAUAAAGUUGACGAUUACAUCAAAAUGUUUCCACAUAAAUUUCCAACAAAAGAAGAGAGAGACGAUUUUCAAUACUUUAUGGAUGUCGUAUCCACCGUGUCGUAUGAAAAUUUGCACCGACUAGAACCUGUUCGAAACCGAACAUUCGGCAUCACUGGCGAUGAUUAUUUGGAUUUAAUUUCCAAUAUGUCAUCGUCCUAUAAGCCAGAAGUGAGCAGUGGAACGGUUGCCAAGAUGUACGUCCAGGAAACGGUCACCGAAAUGGGAAUAUGCUUCUCCACAAAUUCAAAAGUUUCCGUCUACAAUGACUACAACUAUUGGAAGCGCAAUCGAUGGGAUCUAAUUAAACCGAACAAUACCGUAUACGUUCAUCAAUUGGAUGGUGAAAUAUACGCACAGCUCAUUAAUUUAUCUUCAGCAUAUGAAGUUUAUUUCCAUGGAGCUAUGGAAGUGGCUGAUAUAUCGAAACAUCGCUAUUCGUUUGGAGCACUUGACUAUACAACAGUGGAAUUACUCGGACUGGAAACUUUAACUUCGGCCAAUGCCAGAGAUUUAACUGUUUCGCAACGUCAAUGCAGAUACACUCAUGAGUCGGAAAUUAUGAUGACAAGUCCAAUAUACAGUUUCAAUUUGUGUACUCGCGAAUGUCGUAUGCGAUUGGCGAGUAGGAUUUGCGGCUGUUUUCCACACUUUUAUCGAAGCAGAGGUAGACGUAAUGAAAAGCUGGGAAACAUUUGUGACAUUCAAGGUUUACUGUGCCUGAUGACCAUUAAAGAUGAAUUGAUUACUUUGAAAUCAAAUAAAAUGAAAAUUAAUUGCAAGUGUUUGGCCAACUGUGACGAUUCGAGUUUCUUUGUUCAGGACUAUAGAUCGAGACCCUGGUUUCUAGGUGCAAACCUUCAAUGGGGAAUAUCAAACUACCCUAAGAUGCAGCUGAAACGAGACCUCAUUUUCGGUUUCACAGAUUUAUUAGUUUACAUCGGGGGAAUGCUUGGAUUGUUUCUGGGUGUCAGUCUAUUAAGCAUCACCGAAUGCAUUUACUUUUUCACUUGGAGAAUUAUAAAGCACUUCUACAACGAGAAUGCAAAAGAGAAGCUCCUGCUCUAAUUCAGUAUUCUAAUGUCAGCAUUCUUGUCAGUUAAUGUUUAUCUUGAUAUUGUUA